GUGGGAUAAAAGAAAUUUGGUUGGGUAGAGGCUGCAAAGGCAGAGAGAGAGAGAGAGAGAGGUAAGUGUUUGUGUUUAUCGAAUUGAAAAGGAAAGGAGAGGAGAGGAGAGGCAAUCUUGCUUCUUCUUGGGAUAUAUAGAGAGAGAGAGAGAUGUCUGGUAUUGCUCGUGGACGCCUUGCCGAGGAGCGAAAGUCAUGGCGUAAGAACCAUCCACACGGUUUCGUUGCCAAGCCCGAGACUCUUCCUGAUGGCACCGUCAAUUUGAUGGUCUGGCAUUGCACUAUUCCUGGCAAGGCUGCGACUGAUUGGGAGGGUGGCUUUUUCCCACUUACAAUGCACUUCAGUGAAGACUACCCUAGCAAGCCUCCAAAGUGUAAAUUCCCUCAAGGUUUCUUCCACCCUAAUGUUUAUCCAUCUGGAACUGUUUGCUUGUCUAUACUUAAUGAGGAUAGUGGGUGGAGACCAGCUAUAACAGUGAAGCAAAUUCUUGUGGGCAUCCAAGACCUGCUUGAUCAGCCAAAUCCUGCUGACCCUGCCCAGACAGAAGGCUAUCAUAUGUUCAUCCAGGAUGUAGCUGAGUAUAAGAAAAGGGUCCGGCAGCAGGCAAAGCAAUACCCACCUCUUGUCUAGUGCUAUAUAUAUCUUCUCACUAGGAACUAUUCUAGUAUGGUAGAUGUUGUCUGCUAUUUCUUGUUGUGUGUUAAAACUGUUCUGUGAUUGUUGGCUGCCACAAUAUGAAGACUCCGUGGUUUUAAGUUUUUUAACUAUUUCUGCUUACUCUCAGGUCUGGAUAACGUGUUAAUAUAUAACAAUGUGAAAGUCAACCAAUAAUACUUGUUGGCGACACUUGCUGUGCCUGAUGAUCGCUGGUACAUUUCUAUAUGAAUGGAUAAUUUUAAGUGUUGAGUUAUAUGACAUUAUAACUGCUUCUCUGGAACUUUUUUUUUUCUCUCUUCUAUUCUGAAUUUGUUGUUUCCAUUCUAGAGAUUAAAC